AAUAGAUAUAGACAGACCCCUGCAAUAGAAAACAAAACUUGGAUAAAUCUGCUACUACCAACACUUCUUCUGAAAGUGACAGAAGGUAUGAGUUUCACAACUGCAAAAGCUCAAGCUGAUCAGCAACCAAUCACAACAAAAAACAGCAACCGAGGCCACCAACCAGAAGAAACUGCCACAGACUCAAACAAUGACACACAGAAACAAAACUUCGAUUUGAAAGUUGAAGAUGGUGUGGUGAAAUACAAACUUCAAAAUGUAUCUGGAAGCCAAGAGACCGGCAUGAGGGAUAAGAACAGCACCAAAGUCUGUUUGACUAUUAAGAGCCACCGAGGAAGUUCACAGUCAGUGGAGCAAAAUGACCCAAAGCCCUUAACAAUUGUACCGAUACAAGAAAAUGCUGUUUCACAUAAGGUACUGUUGGAGAACUAUGAAGGGAAGUUAUGUGAGGAACAACGGCCGAGCACAAAGCGCCAACUGUCCGCCGAGAGCGCGGCGAAGUCAGUGAGCGUAAGAAAGAGGAGCACUGUGAAAAAGAGCCAAGAGGAGAUUGUGAAACCCCUCUCAGUUGCCAGCCCUGGCACGCAAUCUGGGAGACCUUAUCUACCUGCAGUCUCCUCCUCUCAGAGGAAACCCAGAAAAUUGCUGUUCCCCAGCACUGAUAUUUUCAACAAAGUAGACACAUUCUCAAUCAAGAAAGGAAAAGAGCUGAGGGAGCUGGAAGUAUUUGAUGCUCAGAAGAUUGCGUGUGCAGUCACUGAGGGAUGCAGAAAUGAUCUGGAAAAACUCAGGGCCAUAUGGAUCUGGCUAUGCCAUAAUAUUGAGUAUGAUUUAGAGGGAUACCUUGGUCUUUCUCAGAAGAUUUGCUCAUCUGAUGAGGUCAUCAGGCAGGGAAAGGGUGUAUGUAGUGGAUACUCCGGUCUCUGUGUGGAAAUGUGCAGGGAGGUGGGUAUUGAGUGUGUGGAGGUGAGUGGGUACAGCAAAGGCGUUGGAUACCAGGCAAGGCACAGUUUAGCUGAGAAGCGUUCCGAUCAUGAGUGGAAUGCUGUCUUCGUGGGGGGUCAGUGGUGGCUGCUUGAUGCUUGCUGGGGCGCUGGCACUGUGGAUAUGAAAAGCAAAACAUUUGUGAAGAGGUAUGAUGACUUUUAUUUCCUGACUGAACCCAGUGAGUUCAUAAACUCACAUUUCCCUGAUGACCAGACCUGGCAACUACUCACCACACCUAUCUCUAUGGAAGAGUUUGAAAUGAGACCCUUGAAGACCUCAGCAUUUUAUCAGUUUGGAUUGACUCUCACACAACCUACACAAUAUAAAAUAAUCACAGAUGACGGGGAAGCAGUUGUGUCUGUGAGAUCCUCAAGACCAUUGACCUUUUCGUAUGAGAUGAGGCAGCAGGAUCCCCAGACAGGAGCUCUAAAGCAGGAGGAGGUUGACAGCUCCUGUGGUCUCCUGUCAGUUACUCAACAAGGGAUGAAGCUGCGAUUACUGCCCCCAGAGCCUGGGGCCUAUGAGGUGAAACUGUUUGCCCGGCGAGAGGGUGAAUCUGGUGUUCUGCGGUGGGUUUGCUCUCUCGAGCUGGAGUGCCCUAGUAUCCAGAAGAGGCAGGCCCUACCUGAUAAUCCCUACCUAAACUGGGGCCUGGCAGCAGGGGCAUCGGCACUAGGUGUCAAGGAUUGCAGCCUCGCUGGAGAAGAGGCUGUGGAGGUGGGUGAGGGUGGCGAGUGCAAGGUGAUCCUACACACAUCACGACCUCUGAUGAUGGUCUGUGAACUCGCGCACCACGAGCUCGACGCCACUACGGCCAAGCGCUGCCUUGCGUCGCAAAUCACAGCAGAGCAGCUGGUGUGCAACGUCAUGUGCUUGUACAAAGGAUUUUACCGGCUGUCCGUAUUUGUGCAGGAUUACGAUAGUGGAAGUGGGACUUUUCAAAACGCCGGGAACUACCUGCUGCACUGUCAAAGUCGACGGUUGAAUCCAAACGUUUUGUAUCCAGCAGACCUUGGCCUGUGGUGUGGUCCUGGGAUGCGUACCCAAGAAGCCGGACUGUCUCAUUUCAGCCACACGGGGGCAAUAGUGAAUGCAUCACAGGGUCGGUGCAACAUCACCUUCCAUUGCGCCUCGCCAGAACUGCAAAUACACGCAGUCCUCUGCGCUGAGCUCCACGAGGAGGCCCAUUUUCCUCUGUCCCGAUAUGUACUCCUGACAUUUACAGAAACUAAGGUAACUGUGAGUGUGUGCGCACCCAGAGCAGGAGUUUAUCGUCUUGCUCUUUAUGGACGCAAACCCCCUCAGCAGGACUACAUGUCGCUGUGUGACUUCAUAAUCAGGAGUGUGUGUGAAAAGCCCGGAGAUCCAUUCCCCUGUGUAUAUUCAGCGUGGGGAAGAGGGUGUGUGUUGCUGGAGCCCCGCACAGGUGUGCUGGCUCCACAAAGUUCAGUGAGUUUUCGCGUGCGGGUACCAGGUGCUCAAAGAGUGUGUGUCGUGGGGGAGAAACGAACGGAUCUGAAGAUGAAUAAGAGCAGAGUUUGGGAAGGUGAGGCUGCCACUGGAAAUGCCACACAACUCAAGCUCGCUGCUGUCACUAAAGAAAGCAACGACAUGCAUGUUCUCAUGACCUUUGAUGUCCUUAACCUGGAGAAUGAACUGUGAACAGAACAGACUUUUGUCUAGAGGACAAAAGGGCUAUGGUCACACUGCAGUUCAAUGUGUUCCAACUGAUUUCUUUUGUUCCUUAUCACAUUUUUGGAUGAUAGUGUGGCCCUCGAUGUUCUGGUUAAUCAUAUAAUAAUGAAUCAUAUAUUGUUGUUUGAGAACACUGCAUAAAAAAAAAAAAAAACUUUUCAUAGAAAUAUGAAAACAUAAGAUAAAUUAACAAGAAGCUAAACUAUGCAAGAUACAUAUCAGACAAGAGUAGAGUACAUAUCUUUAAAUUUAUUUAUUUUAUUAUUUUUUUUUUUUUUUCAUUAAAAUUAAUUAGAAUCAUGUCUGAAAGAAGAAAACAACUUGUCUGUUUUAUCAAAUAAUGUCUGGAAAUCUUUAAUCUGGAAAUAAUGUCAACAAAUAUAUAUAUAUAUAUAUAUAUAUAUAUAUAUACACACACACACACACACACUACUGUUCAAAAGUUUGGUGUCAGUAAAACUUUACUAUAUACACUACCAGUCAAAAGUUUGGAAACAUUACUAUUUUUAAU